CCAGCGGGCAGGCAAGGACCACUGUAGGUGAAGAUCAGCAGUCUAACAGAACAGCAGCACACUGCAAGAGGUACACACUCCUUCCUGCGCCUCGCCUCGACAUGGCCUUCGUCGUGCUGUGCCUGGCCCUAGUGUUGGCGCCGUGGGCUGCCACCUCGCCAGUCUACAACUCCAGUCCUCUUACGAUCACUCGCAGCCACAAAAUCAGAACGAAGAGAUGCAUUGGCUACUCGUACUAUGGUGGCUAUCAUGGCGGCUACUAUGGAGGUUACAACUCGUGGCCCUGGUGCGACAACUACUACUAUGACCCUUGCUAUGACCCCUGCUGGCCAUCAUGGCCGACAUCAACUGUACCCACCACCACGAAGCCCACCACCUGGCCCACCUACAUCCCCACUCUUCCGCCCAUCAUCAGGCCAACUUACAGACCCAUUAUGCCCACUAGACCACCCAGACCUCCAACAAGGCCAACUUAUAGACCCAUCAUGCCCACGAAACCACCCAGACCUCCAACGAGGCCAACUUAUAGACCCAUCAUGCCCACGAGACCGCCCAGACCUCCCACGAGGCCAACGUACAGACCAAUCAUGCCCACGAGACAACCCAUACCUUCCACGCGGCCGCCCUAUACACCUACCAUGCCAACAGUGACCCCGUUACCUAGCAUUCCAACAGUGACAAACACCUUUGGUAAUAGGUAAGCACCCUUGUGAGACAGGGAAGCGGCGGCUGUGAGUGAGUGACUACAAAAUGCAUGAAAUUAAGAACUUAGCAAUAAAAUCCUUUGGCGAUCGUUAAUGUAGAGAUCCACGCACAGCUUCUAACAUUUUCUUUUUUCCUUAGUGAGCGAAGUUAUCCCAUGCAGAUCCCACACCCUAAUACCGCUUCGUAAAUUAGCGGAGCCAGCAAGAUUGGGGCUGCAUUAAGACAUAUCAUACAUAAUCUUAAUACACUUGGUUGGCUUAGCAAGUGUUAGAAAGUCACGCUAUUCAUUACCUUUACUUAGUUUGAAUAGAUCUGUUUUUAACGCACUAAACGAUGUGUGACACGGUGAUGCUAGUCACGCUGAUGGCCAAGUAACCAGACCACACGAGCGUUUCACGGACACCAAGAGUUAUUGCCAUUAUUAAGGCAAGCGUGACAGCAUCCUGCUUUUUAUGUUUUUCAUACUUAAUCAUUGGAAAAACAGCCUUUCCUGAUGAAGAAUUCCACAGUGAAGUAAUGUGACACGUAUGAAUAUAACUAAGAAGCAUCUUCACUAACGACGGCAUUAUUUCGUUAGUCAUUGAGACACAAGGAAAAUGAAUCCUUUUAUGUGAUUCAGUCGUGCGUUCUUAUGCAGCACUUAGGUAAAAGUCUGGUGGCAGCAGUUAACAACACCUGUUACAAACUUUGCCGUGGCUGAUUCAAUGCGAGAAAUACUCUUAUUUUCGAGAUUUACUAUUUUAAACAUUAUUCACUGAAAUCUCUGCCAAUUAAAUUUGUAAUCCAUGUAGUUUCUAUUAAGGGACUCAUUAUGUAAUGUUCCUCAUCAUAGCCAGCUGUACUCAUAGACAAUUCACGAUGACCCAGGUGCAUA